GCACGGAGGCGGCCGAGGGUUGUUCUGGCUGCCCUUUGGAGCUGGGAGUGCUCCGCUCCUGCCGCCAUUGCUUCUCCGUCCUGAGCGUCCUUCCCGGGCAGGGCUGCUACUCCCGCCGGGUUUUAGGGAGCGAUGACAACCGUGAGGAGAGAGGCGUUCGGGCGGAUGCCCCCGGAGGAGGGAGGCGGAGAGGUGGAGAAGUUCGUCUUGCAGUCGGACAGCGUGAGAGUGGAGAUCCUGUCUUUUGGGUGCAUCAUCACCACUCUGGAGACAAAAGACAGGGAUGGGCAGUUUUCAGAUGUUGUCCUAGGAUUUGACACUUUAGAAGGUUACACGAGGAAGCACCCGUUCUUCGGUGCUGUCGUGGGCCGUGUUGCCAACAGGAUUGCCAACGGGAGGUUCAGCCUGGACGGGAAGGAGUAUCAGCUGUUCCUCAACAACGGGCCCAACAGCCUGCACGGAGGAGCCAAGGGAUUUGACAAGGUUCUCUGGAGCCCCCAGGUGCUCCCGAAUGGUGUCCGCUUCUUCCGGCUCAGCCCCGACGGCGAGGAAGGCUACCCUGGUGACCUGAAAGUCUGGGUGACCUACACCCUCAGUGGCAGGGAGCUGGCCAUCAACUACCAGGCCCAGACCAGCAAGACAACCCCCAUCAGCCUGACAAACCACGCUUACUUCAACCUGGCAGGGCAGGGCUCUCGGGAUGUGUAUGACCACGAGAUCUCCAUUGAAGCAGAUUCCUACCUGCCUGUGGAUGACACCAAGAUCCCUACUGGGGAGGUGGCUGCUGUGCAGGGCACUGGAUUUGAUCUCCGGCAGCCCGUGGAGCUGGGCAAGCACUUGCAGAAGUUUCACCUGGAUGGCUUCGACCAUAACUUCUGCUUGCAUCAGGGGCAGGAUCGACGCCUUGUGGCCAGGGUUUUCCACCCUCCCACCGGCAGGACCAUGGAGGUUCACACCACCCAGCCUGGCAUCCAGUUUUACACCGGGAACAACCUGGAUGGCUCCCUGAAGGGCAAAGGUGCUGCCACGUACCCCAAGCACUCAGCUUUCUGCCUGGAAACCCAGAACUGGCCUGAUGCUGUUAACAAGCCUCACUUCCCCAAUGUCCUGCUCCAUCCGGGUGAGGAAUACAACCACACGACAUGGCUUGUGUUCAACACUGCUUGAGGAGAAGGGCUGCUGACUUCCACCACUGAAGGGACUUGCACUUCGUUGAGGGCUCCCUGAUGGUGAACGGCUGAAAGGAAAAGAAUCCACAGUUAACAUUUCAGUAGUUGCUUGGGGAUCACAAAUACUGGAAAAAGCAACAGGAGUAUACCCAGCCUCUGGCUCCCUUUAAGCACUCUUUUUUAAUAAAAUAACCAAUCACUAUUGGCAAAAGUUAAGGGGUUGAUGAUUUGGAGAUAACACUUUUUUCUUUACUGUUAUUUUUAAAAUGAGAUCACUGUAAGGCCAUCAAAAGGGUACUACUUAUAGUGACCUUCAAAGGGGCAAGAUACUCCACUGUUCUGAUACAGCAGCUUGUCAAAACCUGUCAUGAUGAUCACUCAGCAUUUAUGAGCACUGAUUCAUGCCCCUGUGAUUCUUUGACACUAAAGUUGUGAAAUGAACUAUUAAAGAAUUCUAAUUAGGAAAAAAA